AUUGUUUACGUCCAGCGUGUGUUUCGUCAGCUUCUUGUGGAAGUGAAAAUCAAGAUGAAAUAAUGGUUUAAAGGAUAAAAUAAAGAUAAGAUGAAGAUGAAAUGAAGAUGAAGUGAAGAUUAAGUGAUGGUGUAAUGCUGAGUGGAAUACGACGUGUGGUUUCAUUUUCAUGUGGAAGGGCCACUGGGAUUAUAGCUGCAACAUGUCUUGUCAAGGAUUGCAGUACAUUGCAGACCUGGAAGAUGAAAUUGCACUGGAAGGACUGGAUGGAAUUACUCUGGAAGCGCUAUGGACUCGCCUCAAACAACGGCCCAACUUUGAGGGCAACAUGCCCAUUGACAGUGACAGCAAGGCAUUUUUGUGGUCGCUCAUAGUCCAAGAUGAGGAGAUCUCCCUUUUCGAGCUGCCGACACCAAGAGAGAAGUUGGAGAUAUUCAACAGAUACGAACACAUGGACCCUGAGCUGGGAAUUGUGCUCGAGCCGGAGGAGGAGCCAAAAGACAUCUACCCGUUCCACCCAUUUCCCGAGCGCGUCAACGUAUCCGAUUCUGCGGCGCUGAUGACCCUGGCUGAGGUGGAAGAGCUGUAUGGAGAGAAGCUGGUGCUCGUGGCCAGCCAGAUGCUGCGAAACAAGGCCCUCUGCAUCUUGGCAUGCAUCGACAAGUUUUACGACCUGACGCUUACUCAGUACAUCAUUCUGGAGCGUAUUGGCCGGUCGCGUCGCAUGGGGGAAAUUACGCAAGGGAAGAUCAGCUUAGCAGCCAUGGGCGACAACCCAAAGUCCAUGUUCUACCACCGCAAGCGUCUGCUGAAGCUCAACCUGAUCACCAAACAGCCCCACCAGCAAAAGGGGAACAAGGGACAGACCUACAAUGGCUCUCUGCUGCAUCUCACGAGGUUCUAUGUCGAGAGGCGCUCAAAGUUUAUCAUGAUGAUCCAAAGGGCAGUUGAGAUCCUGAAGCUGAAACCAGGAUAUUGUGCUCCUUAUACCGCUGUCAAGGAAGAGAUGGGAAUGCCAGAGACCUCUUGCAGAAAGCUCUUUAAGAGUACAGAAUUCCAGAGAUACAUAAAGAAUGUGACUGCCCCUUAUCGCAAGGUGUACCCAGAUGCCUCCCCCUCUCAGUGGCGGUGUAAGGGCAAGGAUGCCGAAAAGUUUGUCCGUAUUAUGGAGCUGAUGAAUCCCAAGAUCGACCCUAUGGAGGUGUGGGAAAGCAAGGAGAUCAAAAUCUACUGUGUGAGAAUUCAUACAUUUUUAAGUAUCCAGUUGGCAUUAGGUGUAACCAGGUUAAACCAGCAGGCAUGUGUCGGGAAUUUGGAAAUUGGGGGAAACCUGAUUAUGUGGUCCAGUUUUGUGAGCUGUGAGGUGUCCACCACUCAGUACACAGCAGUGGUCUGGGGCAUUGGUCUCCUCCAGCAGGCCUACAAGAUUGUGGAAGAAGCUGGGCCGGAAGGCGUGUCACAGUCAGAUAUGGCCCGCCUCUUGGGACAGACCAAGCUGGACUCGCGUACCAUCUGCCGCAACCUCCAGCGCAGGAACACAGUACACUCGCUCAUGAAGGACGUGGGGAGGCAGCGUGUGUCGCGGUACGUGUCGCACAAAUUCGCGCGUACGGGACACCUUACCCAGGAGUUCCGCAAGGAGAGGCAGAGAAUGAUGGCCAUGAUGGAGGCCAAUAAGGCAGAAGUGUGUGGGCCUUCUACAUCAAAGGAGGUUAGUAACAGGUUUUUUUUUUUUUUUUUUUUUUUUUUUUUUUUUUCAGCAAGUGAGAGACGACCAGAACGGCAGAACGAUGAUGAUGGAGACAGCAAGAAUAAAGGCUUUGUCCGAAUGCUGGAGGAGAUCCGGCUGACGUACAACAACCAGCGGAGGAAUUCGCCUCAUGUCACGACGCGCAUGAUGAAGAGAGCCAAUAUGAUUAUUGAAACUGUUGGCUCGAUCAAAGUCAUUGAUGAUGCUUUCAAGUUGCAGAAGAUGAUUGUGCAGGCGGAAUCUGAAGAAGGGUAUGCAGUCAAGAUGGACAAGAAGAGCCUGAACCGCCUGCUGGACAAGCUCUCCAAGGGCGGCUUCGUCAAAAACAUCAUCGUCAAGCUCAAGUGCAACACCAUGGUCAAGGUGGUUCAGUUUGUGGUCCAUCCCAGCAUCACAUUUGAGAGCCCGCACCUCAAGUCAGCCAUCGAGCAACAGAAGCUCAAGUUCCUGGCCUCGGCACCCGACACCAAGCGGGAGGCAGAGGGAGGAGGAGGGGGAGGGGGUGGCAGCGGGAAGGGAGGAGCAGCGGCAGGUCCAGAAAGCACCAAAGUCAAAAUCAAAAGUGAGAGCGCAGCAGCCAAGUUGGUGAAGAAGGCCAUGAGUGAGGAUAACGAACGCAUGAACAAGAGCUCAGUCGGGGCCAGCAUGCAAGAGCUCAAGCAGAUGCACCAGGUGUCGACCACGGCAGUCCCUGCAGCUGAGGUCGAAGCAGGUGUUGCUUCAGCUGUGGUGAAGAAGGAGCCUGGUGUGAAGGGGAGCCUGGGACCAAAAUUCGUCCGCAUGUGCGAGCUCCACAAGCUGCUCUUCUACCUUGUCUAUGGUUACUCUGGGAAAGAGGAUAUGGACCAAGUGGAAGCCUGGCAGACGAUAGCCUCUUCGUCGCCUGAGGCCCAGAUCCAUGCGGAGGACCUGUCAACUUAUCCAAUGGUUUACUAUGCCGAACUCUCAUGGAAAAUGUUCAUCCCCCCAUUGCCCAACCACAUGAACUCAGAGAGCGGCUGGGCCUUUGUGUGCGAUGUGCUGCUCCGGUUGCCGCUUUGCAUCUUUGUCCGCCUUGUCAGUAUCUGCCAUUAUUCAAGCGAGAUUGAUGCCUUCAUGAACCACCCCAUCAAGAGGAACCUCCUGGUGAAAUUCCUCCCACCGCACCUCCGCCAGGCCCUGCUACAGGGACGGCGUUAUGUCACUUACGUGAUUGACCUGAUCAAUCGCCUGUGUUAUGUGGGCCUGCUCCAGUACGGCCACCAGAUCAUGAAGGAAAAAGACCAGGUGUUCAUCUACGUCAAUCAGCAUGCCAGCCUCAUCGACACAACCACUUCGGGUCCUGGGUACCACCAGAUCUCAGCCGACAAGGAGUAUGUCCGGAAGGAGUACUACUUCUCUUGCUUACAGGAUGUGCUUCAGUACUGGUAUGACAUGUGGACAAUCUCGAUGCACACACCUCUUGGCGGCCACAACUGCAUGCAGGGGAAGAAGAUUACAAUACAGAUUUUAGACCGUAAACCUCAGAUCAUUGAGUCACUCACUGCACGCAGUACAGAAGAGGCUCCAGCAAGAGACAAUGGGAGCAUCCCAGGUGAUGGCCGAGGGGCAGGAGGACUCGACUCUGCCAUGUUUGCCCAUCUGAAGCGCAACUGGUCCUCGAACUCGGGUCACUCAGCAUCAGCAAGACCCUCAGCACUCCUGCCACCCAAUACUGAGGGUGGGGAGAGGGCCACGUACGAAGGGACAAUCUCGUACACGCAGUACCUGAUGAACACCACGCACCCCUCAACAGAUAGCGCAUCAGCCAAGCCGCGAUUGGCUGGUUUGAGGAAUGUCAAAUUGUCUGUAUAUAAGCCUCGCAUGGGGACUGAUGGCAAGACGCUGGAGAUCCCAGUGGGUAUGGUCCCUCGAGCUCCACGAGGACGCAAACGCAAGCGAGAAGGCGCGUCGCCAUCAGAGUCAGAGACUCCUCCUGUGAAGUUGAAGCGAAGUGGACGGCAAGGCAAGAGUAACAGGCCGGCCAGUUACCAACGGGAACUGAAAAUGCGCAAAAAGUCUCCCAAGAAACCUUACUACGACGAAGAAGAUCGUGCAGCCCUACGGAGGAUGAAUAAACUACGAGUCGACUGGUCCUCCGCUGAAGAUUCAUUCCUGCUGCUGUGCAAAGUGGCCUCCUGUUUCCUCUUCCCGAACAUCCGAAGCCAAAUGAUCACCUUCAGCCUAGUAAGAGACAUGCUACACGAACGCUUCCCGGAGUCCCUCAACAAGACAUCGCGUGCAUGCCAGAGGAGGAUCAACUACAUCAUGAAGAACCCGACGACAGAAGAUAAUGUGGCCAUCUUCCUGGAGGAGGUGCGGCAGGAUCCGGGCAUCGUGGCGGAUUUUAAGAGUCCAAGAGUGCCCCGCAACAAGAAGAACAUUGAGAGCGUGUAUGCCACAAUGUUCCGUUCCCUCAUGCAGCGGCUGGUGGUGAAGUUCGCCUCGAGUGAGUCACGACAGUGCCCUGACCUGCCACCCUCUAUUGAGGAGUUCCACCAGCGUUUCCGUAUCAUCAUGGCUUCGUCCUCACUCCGCAACAAGCUCAAGUUCCGCCCAGUCGUAAACGUGUCGGAUAUCGAUUUCCAUAUUGUCAAUACACUUAUCUAUAGUUCACUUUGCUCCAAGCAUGACCGUGAAUCAUAUGCGUAUCAGCUGUAUCUCGCAUACCAGCAGUACCCCCAGGCACUCCUCAAUGCAGUUCUAACGCGUAUGCGACAAGACCAGAUGAUCAGCUACAAGAAAUGUUAUAACAGGUCGCAGGUGGCACAGACUUGCCUGCCAUUAUCCACGUCCCCUUUCCAGCUGUCUGUCACGUACCAUCAUGUCUUUAAUUUUAAGUACCAGUACGAGAUCUACAGCCAGGCAUGGCAGAUGCUGAAGCAGCUGAUUACAAAGAAGCAUAAAGCCAUUGUUGAGAACGUGAACUACAAGCAAAGUCUGACAGAGAGCUGCCUCACUACAGAGGAGGAGACUGACAUCACCGACAGUACAGCUGACAGACCUGCACUGGCUCCUGCUCCUGCUUCUCUCAAGGUUGAAAAAGUGAUUGGCAGCAUGGACGUUGGCAGUGGAUUCCAAGAGAAGGGCGUUCCAGUGGUGAUUCUACACGAGGGCGGCUACUGUGCCACCAUAGUUGCCCUUUUGGCCACCAAACGCAUCAUCUUCGACAUCACCAUACCUGAGCAGAUCAUCAUGAUGGACCAGCAGCAGCGCUUAAUGGAGGACCAGCACCAGUCCCUCUUGCGGCGGUUCUCUUCGCAUUCACAAAUGGCCGGUAAAGAGGUGGGAGACUCCCUGGGAGGCUACGACAUGGCACCUUCUUGCAGCUUGGAAGCCAGAGGUGAUGUCACUGCAGGCACCAAGGGCACUCACAUUGUCAAGGAGAGACUCAAGGAGAUGGCCAAGUUGAAAGCAGCAGCAGAAGAAAGCACAGCUGCAGAGAUAAAGACAGAAGGAGGGAAAAGAAAAGUAGUCGUGAAGGAAGAGGAAGAAGUGAAAAAGGCAAGACAUGAAGAAGAGGGCAAUGAAGAAGAGAUAACAACACCCUAUUCACCAUCACUUGAUCAGACAAUUGAAAACAGUGCAACAGCAGCUUGUCACAAACCUGAGAACACCACAGGAACUGCUGAAGAGAUGGAGGAAACAGAGAACCCAUUGCAAGGGACAGAGGACAGCAACCAGCUAGGGGAUGUAUCGUCACUUGAAGGCGAUGAUGUUGAUAUCACCAACACAUCUCAAAACAAAAGCCAGUCAUCUGCAUCCCGCCUCGGCCUGUACAUGAUGCGAGACCAGCUGACCUUGGCGGAGGUCGACCAGAUCAACAUCCAGCACGCUCAGGAGCACCUUGUGGUCAACGCCUGCGAAAUCACCAUCCGCCUCCGAGCCCCACCAGACCUGCAGGAGGAGGUGGAUGAGGCCAUCGCAAGGGAUGACCUUGAGACUGUGGAUAAUCUCCUGCUCCCACUCCCCAAGAGUGUGACUGCGGAGGCCUUGGAGAAGAGGAGGAGAGUCACGCUGGAGAUCUGGAACACGCUGGAGGAUGUUUCGAACAAGUGGAGAAAGGAAGGUGAGAGUGAGGACUUUGUGGAAUUCGUAAAGGAGGCAUUCGAGUACAUCCACUCCUGCAGGGAGGUUGGGGCAUCAAUCUGUGAGCUCAAGGAGAGAUACAGCCAGCAGUGCCCCUGGCCAGUCAGCUACAUCCUCUACCGCAUGGAGGAGGCCAGGUUGGUGCUGCGGGUGGGCGUGGCGCUGGUCAGGUGGGUCACUAUGGCCUACACGAAGCCCUGGCUCAUCCACACCAAUAAGAUCACCAGAGGGAAUCGGCAGAGCGUCAAACUCCAGGGCGUGUACAAGAUGAACCUGGACAGCCCGGGGAGGGAGGCGGCGCCGGGCACGAGCCUCGACGGGGGGAAGGGAGGCCAAAUGGAGACGGAGGAGCAGAGCGGGGGAGUUGAGGAGGUGCAAAACGAAACCAACGUGGCGAUGGAGGAUAUAACAACGGAAGACGCGGCAACAGGAGUGGCGCCGGAAGUCAUACCAACGGAAAUUGCGACAACGGAAGACGCGGUAACGGAAGUCAUGGCAACGGGAGACGCGACAACAGGAGUGACACCGGAAGGCGUGACAACAGCAGACGCGGUGACAGAAGGCGACAUAACGGAAACUGUGACAGCGGAAGACGCGGCAACGGAAGGCGCGACAACGGAAGACAUAACGGAAGGCAUGGCAACAGAAGAAAUAACAGAAGGCAUGGUAACAGAAGGCAUGACAGCAGAAGAAAUAACAGAAGGCAUGACAACAGGAGACAUAACAGAAGGCAUGGAAACAGAAGACAUAACAGAAGGCGUGACAACGGAAGGCGACCCAGAAACGACCGUAGACGAGACCACGCACGCGCAACAGGAUCAGGGUGUGACGUCAUCGUAUCUCACAGAAGACUUUGGAGAAUCUGUCGACCUGCAAGAUGGCACGACGAUCGCCUCCGGGGAAACCUUCGGAGACGGCAACAGCAGCGCCAUCUCGGAGACGCCUUCGACAUCGACGACAGCGACAGAGACUGCAACUACAGCAGCGGCAGCAACAACGGAAUCAAUAACAGAAGCAACAGAAAGUGCUGCAACAGAAACAAGUACCAAUGUCAAAGGAGACGAGGCGACAAAGAGUGAACCAAAGGCUUCGAGGCGGUCGCAGAGGAUUUCGGUCAAGAGUGAGGCCGGAAGCCAGGAAGCCUCGGGAGAAUCCGGCGGGACGUCGGUGCGCCACAUCCACUCCUGCUUGGCCAUGAGGAAGCGCAAAUACCGGAAGGACGAGGAGGCUUCCAAGGAGAUGGAGAGGACGAUCAAGCAGCAUCACGAUACGUCGGACUACGAGCAGAUCAGCGUGGCCGUGCGCCCGUGGGUCCGGCUGAACGGCACGCUGAACCGGCGGGUGCUGGACCGCCUGCUGGGGGCCGUGCUCAACCUGGUGAUGGAGCGGCCGGGCAUCAGCGCCAGGGACAUCGUGUGCCGGUUCUCGCCCGCCCUGCAGCCCGCCCACACCCACGACCUGCUCGACACGCUGGUGCAGAUCCGUUGCGUCGCGCCCAUGCAGCUGCACCGCUCGCACAGGCCCUCGCUCUUCGCAGACACCGUCCAGUACACGCUUGAACCGGCGGAUCUGCACGACUGCGAAGACGAAAUCCUGUACGAGCCGACGGUCGACGCCAUCUUGAAACUGGCCAUGUUCAUCGGCGACAAGAAAUAUUCUCAGGAUUUUCUCUCUGGCGAUCGGAGAUGAUUCUUCUCUCUGCUUAAUGUGUUUGUAAUUAUUUUUUUUGGGGGGGGUUUUGUUCUCUAAAACUUUUGUUAUGUAUAUUGUUAAUUAUAUUAUACAUGAUUAUAAUAGAUAUACACUUUGUAAUUGUAUGUAAUCUUUCUAACGAUGUUUAAUUGGGAUUUUACAUUAAUUUGUGUAUAUUUUCAUAAAAUCCUCUUGAUUAUGAGGAAGUUUUUUUUUCUUUCUUUUUUUGGUUGUAUGCGUGCGUGUAUAUAGAAAGGCCUACUGUAUAUAUAUUUUUUCCUAAUAGAUUCUUAAUGGAUUCCUAGUGGAAGUUUGUGCAAUUUGAUAAAUAUUUUUGAUUAAUUCUCUGUGGCCUGCCUGUAAAAAAAAAAUGGAUUUUUGAAAAAAAAAAAAAAAAAAAAAUUAUAAACGCUGA